UCGAGCCUCUUUUCUUUAUUUCAUGACAUUAUAAAAACAACGAUUACCGUCAAUAAUCCAUCACAUCACAAAAUGACAGCAUGAGAUGAAAAAUUUGAAAAUUAAAUAAAAUGUGGCUUAAUAAAUUAUAAUGUAACUUAAUAAAAUUAUACACAGUAAACAAAUAUUUCUGUGAUAUGCCAGGGCCAGAUAUAAGAGCCGAUGACAAUCAUGUUCUUGGAGAGAGAUCCACGGAGCCAACUGCGACAGUGCACAGCGGAGUCGAGGCCAAAGCUGAAAGGAAGCUCACCGUUCUCGAAACCCACGGAUACAUCCUCGGCAGAACUAUCGGAUCUGGCUCCUAUGCUACUGUUAAGGUGGCCACCAGCGACAGACAUAACUGCCAGGUUGCCAUUAAAAUAAUAAGCAAAUUUCAAGCGCCGGGUGAUUAUUUGAAAAAGUUCUUGCCGAGGGAGAUUGAAGUUGUCAAAGGAUUAAAACAUGAAAACUUGAUACGUUUCCUGCAAGCGAUUGAAACUACGCAUAGAGUAUACAUUGUCAUGGAAUAUGCGGAGAAUGGAAGCUUAUUAGACAUAAUACGUAAAGACCAACACAUAGAUGAAGCCAGGGGACGACGUUGGUUUCGCCAAUUGGUUGAAGCUGUAGACUACUGUCACGAGCGAGGCGUGGUUCAUCGAGACAUAAAAUGCGAAAACCUCCUAAUGGACCACGGCCUUAACAUCAAACUGUCAGAUUUUGGGUUCGCGAGAGGUCACAUGAAACCCAAAAAUGGAGUGUUUGCCUUGAGCGAGACCUUUUGUGGUAGUUACGCAUACGCCUCUCCCGAGAUCCUAAAAGGCGUUCCCUACAGACCCCAAGAUUCUGAUAUUUGGAGUAUGGGGGUCGUUUUAUAUGCGAUUGUUUAUGGCCGCCUACCUUUUGAUGAUACAAACUACACCCAACUUCUAAAGCAAGUUCAAAACAAAGUCUCAUUUCCUCGGGAUCCAAAAGUUUCCGCGGAAUGCCGCAAGCUAAUUACAAAAAUUUUGGCACCCCUCAAAAUUCGCUCAAAAAUACCACAGAUUCUUGUUGACCCCUGGCUAUGUCCCAAUCCACCAGGUAAAGAUGAAGAUACAGAUACGAAUCAGGAGAACGCCCACACAAGCAAAGACGAAAUAAAAAGCGUUAAUAUAGGCACAGUAACGUUUGACCGGAAAAUGGAAGAGGUUAAAAUAUAAUUUGAGAAAAAUAAAACUAACAAUUUUGUAAAGAACUGUAAUAUAUGAUAUUCCACAGA